CAUCAGUCGGAGUGAGGCCCAGAGACGCGUCCACCAUGCCUACCAAGAAUGUCACCGACGACAGGUUCUCCAAGUUCAAGAACAAGGGGAAGGAUUCAGCAAAACGUCGGGAGAAAAGGAUCGAGGUGUGCGUGCAGCUGCGUAAAGCCCAGAAGGAUGAGGAGGUCUGCAAGAGGAGGAACAUGUCCAUGUCCUCCGUAGUGGACGAGGAGGCCCUGUCUCCUGAAUACAUCAGCGACGAAAAGGUGGCCUCUCUAAGCAUUGAGGACAUAAUUAAAGAGGUGAAAAGCAGCUGCAGGGAGAGUCAAACCAGAGGAUGCCAGGCAGCCAGGAAGCUGCUUUCUCAAGAGCGUAACCCUCCCAUGAAGGAAAUCAUAGAUGCUGGUUUGCUGUCAUGUUUCGUGGCUUUCCUGGGAAUGGAUGAUGAGCCCUCUCUGCAGUUUGAAGCAGCUUGGGCUCUUACGAAUAUUGCCUCAGGAACACCUUGGCAUACACAACAGGUGGUGGACCAUGGAGCAGUGCAGCCUUUCAUCUCUUUGCUCACUUCACCACAUUUGCACAUUCGUGAGCAGGCAGUCUGGGCCCUUGGCAACAUUGCAGGUGACGGUCCACACUAUCGGGAUGCUCUGAUUGACUGUGGUGUCAUCCCAGCCAUACUUGCCUGCAUCACUCCUGAGACACCAGUUGGUUAUUUGCGCAACAUCACAUGGACAAUAUCCAACUUGUGCCGAAAUAAAAACCCCUUCCCUCCACUGUCUGCAGUCCAGCAGCUGCUUCCCUGUGUGACCCAGUUGCUCCAUCACAGUGAUCAGGACAUCUUGUGUGACUCAUGCUGGGCAAUCUCAUACCUCACUGAUGGUGACAAUGACCGCAUUGACAUUGUAGUGAAAACUGGCAUCGUCCCUCGGCUGGUGGAGCUCAUGGGCCAUGAUGAGCUCAGUGUCAUGACCCCAGCUCUUCGCUCCAUUGGGAACAUGGUGAGCGGCUCUGACCUGCAGACCCAGAUGGUAAUUGACGCUGGUGUGCUUGCCAUGCUACCUAGACUAAUGAGGCACCCAAAGGCCAGUGUGCAGAAGGAGGCAGCAUGGGCAUUAUCCAACAUUGUAGCUGGACCUUGUAAGCAAAUCCAACAGGUUAUUACUUGUGGUCUGCUCCCCCUUCUGGUGGAACUACUCAGAACUGGUGACUUCAAAACUCAAAGGGAGGCUGUUUGGGCAGUCACAAACUUCACCAGUGGGGGAACGGUGGAGCAGGUUGUCCAACUAGUGCAAAGCGGUGCAUUAGAGGCAAUUAUUGACCUGUUGCAGGUCAAAGAUGCAAAAGUUAUUCUGGUCAUCCUGGAAGCCAUCAACAAUAUGCUCUUGGCAGCAGAGAAAAUUCGUGAAACUGAAAAACUGACCCUGUUGAUUGAGGAGAUGGGAGGACUGGACCGCAUCGAGAUGCUGCAGAACCACAGCAAUGAGAUGGUGUACCAGGCUGCACACAACCUCAUAGAAAAGUACUUUGCUGAUGAUGAGACUGAGGGACCUGCAGUUGAUGCUACAAAAGAUGAAUUUGUUUUUCAGACUCCUGUUCAGAAACAAUUUGAAUUUUAA